AUGGCAAAGAAUAAUAAAAGUGGAAGUCGAAGUAAACACAUCGACAUCAAGUACUUAGCCGUGAGGGAACGUGUGAAAGAAGAAAAAGUGGUCAUUGAGCACAUUAGCACUGAAUUAAUGAUUGCCGAUCCUUUGACUAAGGGCAUGCCACCUAAGAAUUUUAAGGAUCAUGUAGUACGAAUGGGACUCGGUUCUAGUUCUGAUCAUAGGGUUUUGCGUCUUCUCCCUCGCCUCUGUACGCUUCGGGUUCUGAACUUUCCACCCUUCAAUCAGUUUCCCUCUCUUAGGGCUCACUCGUUUAAUCGUGGCGCUUUAGUCGAUAAUUGCUGGCUGCUGCCUUUUCAUUUGCUGUGA